AUGGGGGCCGUGUCUGCUCUGAAGGCAUUUUUCCACCUUGACUUUGUCAGCAGUGGUAAUGUUGGGCAGUCUCCGUCUCCUGGCAGUUCCUCCCCGCUGGGUGCAGAGUCCUCGAGCACAGCCCUCCACCCCAGCGACCCCGCGGAGGCCUCCUCCAAUAAAGAGUCAAGAAAAAGCUUGGCUUCAUUCCCCACCUACGUUGAAGUUCCUGGACCCUGUGACCCUGAGGACUUGAUCGAUGGGAUCAUUUUUGCUGCCAAUUACCUUGGUUCCACCCAGCUGCUGUCGGACAAAACCCCCUCCAAAAACGUGCGCAUGAUGCAGGCCCAGGAAGCCGUGAGCAGGAUCAAGGACCGCGUGGGUGAGGCUCGGUCUUGUGCUUUUGAACCAGCUGAUCCUGCUCAAGCUAGAUUGAACUGGUUUGCUUCAGGCACCACAAACCACUGGAUCAAAUCUAACCAGAAUGAGUCAGUGCCAGGCUACCACAGUUCAAACUAG